CCCGUCCGUCCGGCGUUAACCUGGGCUCCUAUUGGUCUUAGGAGAUGUCAAUCUUGAGUCAGGUCAAAGUGGGGGGUUUCGGCAAGCAGGAUAGGAAACCCAAUGCUGCAGUUUAUCCCUUGGAUCAGACGUGCCAAUUUUCUUCAUAUUUUGCACAGAGGCUCUGGAUUGGAACGGUCCUCAACAUUUUUACUAUAUUCUAAGAGAACAAGGGCAGAACAGGUUUCUAACAAGUGGUACUCAGAUAUUCAUUCACCUACUCUGUGUAUUGAUAAUAACAUGGCUUCAGUACAGCAGCCAUCAUCCAAACAAUCGUUCCAUCCACAAACCUACCACAAUUUUUUAGUUUUGGAUUUUGAAGCAACCUGUGAUAAACAAUUGAUAAAACCUCAGGAAAUUAUAGAAUUCCCAAUCCUGAAAUUACAUGGAAGGACACUGGAAAUUGAAGCUGUGUUUCAUACAUACGUUCAACCAGUCAUUCAUUCAGAACUGACACCUUUUUGUACAGAGCUCACAGGGAUUGUUCAGUCAAUGGUGGAUGGAAAACCAACAUUACAGCAAGCCCUUCAGAUGGUUGAUGACUGGAUGAGAAAAGAAGGUUUGCUGGAUCCUAAAGUCAAUUCCAUCUUUGUAACCUGUGGAGAUUGGGAUUUAAAAACAAUGCUGCCAGGACAAUGCCAACUCUUGGGUCUGCCAGUUCCUGAUUACUUCAAGAAGUGGAUUAAUCUCAAAAAGGCAUACAGCUUUGCAAUGGGCUACUAUCCAAAGAGCGGACUGCCAUUUAUGAUCAAAGGCUUGAAUUUGCAACAUAUUGGCAAACUACAUAGUGGGAUUGAUGACUGCAAGAACAUUGCCAACAUAAUGAAGGAACUAGCAAGGAGAGGAUUCACUUUCAAGCAAACUGGAUCAAACCUCUGAAUGUGCUGCAGAAGAAAAGAACAUGUCUUACUGCUUUGAAAAAACAUAAAGGAUAUAUGGUAAAAAGAAUUAAUUUCACGCAUGGCAUGUAAGAGACUGUCAUGACAAUAAUCUAAAUCAGUUAUACCAAAAUGACCCAUACUAGGAUUUUCCUUGCAUUAUAAAGUGGAGCAACUUGCUGUUAAUUGACAAGUAAAGCAUGUUUUUUUCAUUGUUUAUUGAAUUUUAUUCCUAACUUGAAGGUGAAGAUUAUUUGUCAGAAUUAUCAGAACUCAAACUAUAAUGGAGUACACUUAUCCUCUUCAUGGUGUCUCUAUUUUUUUUAAAAAUGUUUUGUACUUUAAGUGUCUAGGUCAUAGGUAGUUUGCAGAGACAGAAUAAUUAGCCUGUGAUAUUUUAGAGGAAAAUUAGUCAUGAAAGCCUACCGCUACAGCACCAUCUCAACCUAGAUGUUUUACUCUGCCAGGGGUGGUGACACACAUACAACACAUAUAAAUGGCAAAAGGUGGGUUAGGCCAAAAACUGCAAGGUCACCCUGUGCAGCUGGGACUACCGUAAGAUGAAUGAGGUAGUUCCUGGGAUUCUGGCAAGAAGUCUACGAGUUCAAUGAUUGAAGAAUUAGGGCUUAGUAGUGAUCUCUAUGAAAAGGCCCAAAAUAUUCACUUCCCUAAUUACUUCAGUACAGCCCUUUACAUGUUUCUGGAUAUUCAGAACAUCUUUGCUCCCUUUAAUAACAGAAUCCUCUCCAUGUCACCCCAGUGCAUGUCUUACUGCAGUACUGCCUCAUUGUCUUCCGUUAGUUCCAGGCUCUCAAUAUACAACAGUGAAUCUGUGAAAGUCCACCCAAGAUAGAUAAUGACACCAAACAUUCUGGCUUAAUUGCUGUUGUCCACUGAGGUGGCAAAAUAUGUGUGCAUUAUUUAGAACUGUAUUCACACUUUCACCAUACUCUGCAAAAAGGGCAUUCUCCCUAUCUGUAUCUGAUAAUACACAUUUCCAUUUAAGUACCUAUUUCCUUCUGUAUCAUCUAAGAAUUAUAUGAUAUGAUAAGUCAUUGUAAAAGCAUUUUCUGUUUUAAAGUAUUGCUAGCUAUUUUUCUGCUAUAUUUCAAUUUUUCCAGCAAGUUCUUUAUUCUAUUUUGCUUUCUUAUUCAAUCUAUUUUUUCGAAGUGACAAGGAAAACUAGUACUUUUUGCUGGUGAGUUUCCUAAUUAAGAUACUGAAUGUUCUUGAAAGUUCAGGAUGAAGAGGCACUGCAUGAGAAAAUUCUUGAGAAAAGGAGAAGAGAUAGGUGCUGGAAAGUUAUCAAAUAAGCUGAAUUAUUGGUAACUUAUCUCUGCUUCUUAAUGACAGUUACAUGUAAAGGGAGGAGCAAUCUUUAGUUUAAUCUUAAUAGUCAAUCAAGUUUAACUAUUUCAUUUAAUAAUUCCAUGCCAAAAGCACAUACUGACUGAUCUUUAUCAUGUAAAACCCUUGUUCAUAAUAAAAUGCUUUUCUGAAGUGAAGUUUUUCGUUAA